GACGUCAGCUGUAUGCAAGAAGUUCGGGAAAACCAUGAAUAUGAUUAAGAAAAUUCUUUCAGACGUUGAAGAUAAUAAGCAUCAUCACGGAAUAUUUCACAACAUACCUCCUGCACCUCCAUUACCCAGAAGAUUUCGGUAA